AUGAGCAACACGGUAGGGAAUAACUUGCUGCGUCAGAGUUUGCUUUCCCCGACAGUAUUGGAGCAUCAGAGUCGAAUCAAUUCUUCGACAUGCGUUCGAGGAAAUACCUUUUUCCAGCCUCAAGCAAAUUCACUAAUACACAAAUCUCCUAUAUCAACUGAGUUCCGUGGUAACAGACUGACAAUGCAGAAAAAUAAACUACAGAUGGGAAAGCAGCGUGCUGUUUUAAGAUCAACUCAGGCUGUUCUGGCUGCCAAUCCAUCUUCUGUGCUUACAGAGAAGUUCAACCUUGGUGAGAAUAUAGAAUUACAGGUUGAUGUUGGGCCUCCAACUUCAGGUUCUGCUGCAGCAGUAAAUAUUCAAGUUACAAGUAGUAGUGACAGGUUACUUCUACAUUGGGGAGCAAUAAAAAGUCAGAAAGGACAAUGGGUACUUCCUCAUCGUCGUCCAGUUGGAACCAUGGUGUAUAAAAAUAAAGCACUUAGGAGUCCUUUUGUUAAAUCUGGUUCGCAUGCUGUACUGACAAUAGAGAUUGAUGACCCUGCAAUACAAGCUCUGGAAUUCCUUAUAUUUGACGAAGCCCGGAAUAAAUGGUACAAGUAUAAUGGGGAUAACUUUUAUGUUGAGUUGCCUAAGACAGAGUCAAACACUUCAAAUGUUUCAGUUCCUGAGGAUCUUGUGCAAAUUCAAGCAUAUUUGAGGUGGGAGAGGCAAGGAAAACAGAUUUACACCCCACAAAAAGAGAAGGAGGAGUAUGAGGCUGCUCGCAUGGAGCUGUUGGAAGAAAUAGCUAGAGGUACUUCGAUAAAGGACCUUCGGACAAAGUUAACAAGCAAACCUGACGCGAGUGAGAGAAUAGAGCAUCGUGUUUCUGAAACAAAGAGCAAUAUACCUGAUGAUCUUGUUCAAAUUCAAGCAUAUGUGAGAUGGGAGAGAGCUGGAAAGCCAAACUAUUCUCGAGAACAGCAACUUAAAGAAUUUGAAGAAGCAAGAAAAGAGUUGCAAGUUGAACUGGAGAAGGGUGCUUCCCUUGAUGAAAUAAGGAAAAAGAUGACCAAAGGAGAGAUACAGACCAAGGUUUCUAAGCAGUUGGCCAAGAAAAAUUAUUUCACCACUGAAAGAAUCCAGCGCAAGGAAAGGGACGUAAUGUCACUUCUCACUAAGUUUGCUUCUGUGCCCAUAGAGGAAAAGAUUUCCUCUGAACCAGAAGUGCUUUCUGCAAUUCAACAGUUGUCCAGGGUAAAGGAAGAUCAAUAUGGCCCUACAAUGAACAAAAAGAUUUAUAAGCUUUCUGAUAAGGAACUCCUGGUACUUGUUGGAAAGUCCUCUGGCAAGACCAAAGUUUAUCUGGCUACAGAUCUUCCAGAGCCUGUUGUUCUUCACUGGGCGUUAUCCAGGAGACCUGGAGAAUGGGCUGUUCCUCCUUCAAAUGUGUUGCCUCCUGAUUCAGUUUCUCUAGACAAGGCUGCUGAAACACAAUUCUCAACCAGUUCUCUUGAUAAUCCCCCGUGCAAGGUCCAGUCACUAGAAAUCACAGUUGAAGAUGACAAUUAUGUGGGGAUGCCGUUUGUUCUUUUGUCUGGUGGAAACUGGGUUAAAAACAGUGGGUCCGACUUUUAUGUCGAGUUGAACAUCGGCUCCACUGUGGUUCAAAAGGAUGCUGGAGAUGGGAGAGGAACUGCAAAGUUUCUGUUAGAUAAAAUAGCAGAUUUGGAAAGUGAAGCCCAGAAGUCUUUUAUGCACCGAUUCAAUAUCGCAGCAGACUUGAUGGAACAAGCAACUAAUGCUGGUGAACUUGGUCUUGCUGCAAUUCUUGUGUGGAUGAGAUACAUGGCCACAAGACAACUGAUUUGGAAUAAAAAUUACAAUGUAAAACCACGAGAGAUAAGCAAAGCUCAGGAUAGACUUACAGACUUGCUACAGAAUGUCUACAAAAGUUGUCCACAGUAUCGGGAAAUUUUACGAAUGAUUAUGUCAACUGUUGGUCGUGGAGGUGAAGGAGAUGUGGGGCAGCGGAUAAGGGAUGAAAUAUUAGUCAUUCAGAGAAACAAUGACUGCAAGGGUGGAAUGAUGGAGGAAUGGCAUCAAAAACUGCAUAAUAACACUAGUCCUGAUGAUGUUAUUAUCUGUCAGGCACUGAUUGACUAUAUAAAGAGCGACUUUGAUAUUAGUGUUUAUUGGAAGACCUUAAAUGACAACGGAAUAACAAAAGAGCGCCUUCUUAGUUAUGAUCGUGCAAUCCACUCAGAACCAAAUUUUAGGAGGGAUCAAAAAGAUGGACUUUUACGUGAUCUUGGAAAUUAUAUGCGAACUCUGAAGGCAGUUCAUUCAGGAGCUGAUCUUGAGUCUGCUGUAGCAAAUUGCAUGGGCUACAGAGCUGAGGGAGAAGGCUUCAUGGUUGGGGUGCAGAUAAAUCCAGUGUCCGGCUUGCCUUCAGGAUUUCCGGAACUACUUCAAUUUGUUCUGGAACACAUUGAGGAUAAAAAUGUGGAAGCCCUCCUUGAGGGUUUGCUAGAGGCUCGUGAGGAGCUUAGACCAUUGCUUUCCCAAUCGAAUGAUCGUCUCAGGGAUCUUAUAUUCCUGGACAUUGCCCUCGACUCUGCUGUUAGGACAGCUGUAGAACGUGGAUAUGAAGAAUUGAGUAAUGCAAGUCCUGAGAAAAUCAUGUACUUCAUCUCUCUUGUUAUUGAAAACCUAGCACUUUCAGUGGACAACAAUGAAGAUCUCAUUUAUUGUUUAAAGGGUUGGAAUCUAGCUCAAAGCUUGUUGAAGAGCAGAGAUGAUCACUGGGCAUUGUUUGCUAAAUCAGUUCUUGACAGAACUCGGCUUUCACUUGCUAGCAAGGCUGAGUCAUAUCAUCAAUUACUGCAACCAUCAGCAGAGUAUCUAGGUGCACGGCUUGGGGUGGAUCAGUGGGCAGUAAAUAUAUUUACUGAAGAAAUGAUUCGGGCUGGAUCAGCUGCUUCAUUAUCCUCCCUUCUUAAUCGACUUGAUCCAGUUCUUCGGCAGACUGCUCAUCUAGGAAGUUGGCAGGUCAUCAGUCCAGUUGAAGCUAUUGGAUACGUUGUUGUGGUUGAUCAGCUGCUUUCUGUUCAGAAUAAAUCUUACUCAAAACCAACAAUACUGGUGGCAAAAUCUGUUAAAGGAGAGGAAGAAAUCCCUGAUGGUUGUGUAGCGGUGCUGACACCAGACAUGCCGGAUGUUCUGUCACAUGUUUCUGUUCGAGCAAGGAAUAGUAAGGUUUGUUUCGCCACAUGCUUUGAUGCCAAUCUAUUGGGCAACAUCCAGGCGUAUGAAGGAAAACUAUUGCGGUUAAAACCUACAUCUGCAGAUGUGGUGUACAGUGAGAUGAAAGAUGAUGCACUAGUAAGUUCAAAUAACUCCAAGGAGGUUUCAUCUGUGCCAGCUGUAACUUUGGUUAGAAAGCAGUUUGCUGGAAGAUAUGCGAUAUCAUCUGAGGAAUUUACAAGUGAUAUGGUUGGAGCCAAAUCACGCAAUAUUGCACACCUUAAAGGGAAAGUUCCCUCCUGGGUUAACAUUCCAACUUCUGUCGCCUUGCCAUUUGGUGUCUUCGAAACAGUCCUUUCUGAUAAUCUAAACAAGGAUGUUGCAAAAAGGUUGGAAAUUCUGAAGAAAAAAUUAGAGGAAGGAAACUUCAGUGCACUUGGUGAAAUUCGAAGCACAGUUUUAGAACUUUCAGCUCCACCACCGUUGGUCAAAGAGCUUAAAGAGAAGAUGCAAAAUUCUGGUAUGCCUUGGCCUGGUGAUGAAGGUGCACAGAGAUGGGAACAAGCAUGGAUGGCCAUAAAGAAGGUAUGGGCUUCAAAAUGGAAUGAGAGGGCAUACUUCAGCACAAGAAAAGUGAAACUUGAACACGACUAUCUUUGCAUGGCUGUCCUUGUCCAAGAAAUAAUAAAUGCUGAUUAUGCAUUUGUUAUCCACACCACUAAUCCAUCUUCAGGAGAUUCAUCAGAAAUAUAUGCUGAGGUUGUCAAGGGGCUCGGAGAAACGCUGGUGGGAGCUUAUCCAGGUCGUGCAUUGAGCUUUAUUUGCAAGAAGAAUGACCUGAACUCUCCUCAGGUUUUGGGUUACCCCAGCAAACCUAUCGGCCUCUUUAUACGGCGUUCUAUAAUUUUCCGCUCAGAUUCAAAUGGUGAAGAUUUAGAAGGUUAUGCUGGUGCUGGCCUUUAUGAUAGUGUCCCAAUGGACGAAGAGGAGCAAGUCGUUCUUGAUUACUCAUCUGAUGCAUUGAUCAUUGAUGGUAACUUCCGCCGCUCAAUUCUCUCGAGCAUAGCCCGUGCGGGAAGUGCUAUUGAAGAUCUGUAUGGAUCUGCACAAGAUAUUGAAGGUGUUGUAAAGGACGGAAAGAUUUACGUUGUCCAAACAAGACCCCAGAUGUGAUCAUUUAUACCCUACUUCUGAAGGAACAGCCGAUAGAAAGAUUUGCCGAGACAGAAUAAACAUGGCAUACUAUUAUGAAAAACCAGGUAUCUUCUGCAAAGUAAAUGGUACUUGGCGGAUGCUUUAAGUGCUAAACAAGGUCCGAUAGUGGUAGUUUAUACAAGAAGUGGAAGAAAAACAGUACACUAAUAGGGCAUUCAUCUGUCUCUUCGUAUUCAAUAACAGGUAUUUGUACAAGCGCUACACAUUGUAUUAUACAAUAAUUAAUAAUACAUUCUCUCCCUACAGCUGUAAUCUUCAUCACUUGGAACCGAAAAGGAAAAGAAAGUUCAGCACAAAACUUACGAUAUGAA